AUGUCCCGAGUACCGGCUCCGAAGAGAAGAAGAUUGUCGCCGCCGGAAGAUGGUGCGCGUGCGAAUGGAGCGACAGAGGACCACAAGGCAAAGUUUCUGAAGAAUGCGGCCAAAUGGGAUCUUGAGCAAGACUAUGAGACGCGGCCGCGCAAGCUGAAAAAACAAAAGGAGAAUAAGAGAUUACCAGUCAAGACGACGGAAGGAUGGGUAGCGGCGGCGCCCACGGCACAGGAUGUCAAGGACGAAGAGUCGGAUAGUUUUCUAGGAUCUGGAAGCGAGAAUGAAGAAGUCGCCGAUUCGGACGUCGAAGAAGUUGAGGAACAGAAGCCCAAGAUACCCGCGCGGCAACAGAUACUCGAGGCGAAGGAAGAGCUUGCCAGGAUAGCGAGUUUAGUCAAUGAGGACCCGGAGGAGCAUAUUGGGGCGCUCAAGACGCUGCAGGCGCUUGCGGACUCGGAGAACAUUACGGUCAAGAAGCUGGCACUAGCGACGCAAGUUUCCAUUUUCAAGGACAUCAUUCCAGGGUACAGGAUACGGCCGUUGUCGGAAGAGAAGAUGCAAGAGAAGAUUUCAAAGGAGGUCAAGAAGCUACGGCAAUUUGAGCAGAAGCUGGUUUCGAGUUAUGAGGCAUACAUCAAGCAUCUAGCAAAACUGGCAAAAUCCAGUGGAUCGAACAACGAGCAGAUUGCUAGUUUAGCAACUGUUGCUAUUAGUUGCGCCUGCAACUUGUUGAACUCGGUACCGCACUUCAACUUUCGCGGAGAAAUACUAAAGAUCUUGGUCGGAAAACUAAGCAUGAGAAAGGUGGAUGCCGACUUUGUGCGAUGUAGGGAGGCGAUGGAGUCGCUGUUUGAGAACGACGAGGAUGGCAAUGCUGCGCUGGAAGCUGUCACCAUGCUCACGAAGAUGAUGAAGAGUCGGAAUUACCAUUUCGAUGAAAGUGUGCUGAACACCUUCUUACAUCUGCGACUGUUAUCCGAGUUCUCCCAAAAAGCUUCCUACCAUUCCGUCGACAAGGCGGAGCAACCAAUGGUCAAUGGCAAGAAGCUAAAGCAGAAGCGCGAGUUCAGGACGAAGCGGACACGAAAAGAGUUGAAAGAGAAGAAGGCAAUUGAGAAAGAAUUCAAGGAAGCAGACGCAGCUGUAAGCCACGAAGAGCGCGACAGGAUGCAAGCCGAGACACUCAAAAUGGUCUUUGUAGCCUACUUCAGAAUCCUCAAAGCCCGCUCUCCAAAGCUCAUGGGCGCCGUGCUAGAAGGUCUGGCACGCUACGCACACCUAAUCAACCAAGACUUCUUCGGUGACAUCCUAGAAGCCCUACGCGACAUCAUCGCAACCGCCGAACUCACAGCCGCCGCCUCCAUUGAAGAAGAUGAAGACGCCUCCGAUGACGAUGACGACAAUGAAGCCCCGGACCGUAACCUUACACGUGAAUCCCUACUCUGCGUCAUCACCGCCUUUGCCCUCCUCGAAGGCCAAGAAGGCGCCAAAACAGCAUCAGCACUCAAACUAGAUCUCAGCUACUUCAUCACCCAUCUCUACCGCACUUUGCACCCUGUAGCCCUAAACCCAGAUAUCGAACUCAGCUCCAAAUCUCUCCAUCUCCCGGACCCCAAUGCCGCAACCUCGCAUGCCGACACGGCCAAAAUUAACGUCCAAACUACCAUUGUUCUCCUCAUCCGGUCGCUAUCCUCUAUCCUUCUGCCUGCUGCUUCCAUCCGCGCCGUCCCGCCCCUGCGCGUCGCUGCAUUUGCUAAACAACUCAUGUCCAUCUCGCUGCAUCUGCCGGAGAAGUCGUGCACGGCGAUGUUGGGACUGCUCAACCGCAUCACAAAGACGCAUGGCAAGAAGGUGGCGCCGCUGUGGAAUACAGAGGAGAGGAGAGGCGACGGUGUGUUUGAUACGCUCAAGGCGGAGAUUGAGGGUAGUAAUCCUUUUGCCGCGACGGUUUGGGAGGGCGAGAUUCUAAGGAGUCAUUUUGCGCCUAGUGUUAGGGAGGCUGUUGGAGGUGUGGAGAGGAAUGUGCUUGAGGCUAGUAAAUAA